CUUGGUUUUACCGCAGUCAGAGUAAAAUUUGACCUAUUUAAAAAAAGAACUAAUUUUGUACUUAAUUUACAGGUGAAUGGAACUCUGAAAUUUGGAGAAAGACACAAGCUGUUUAGACUUUAGUGAGCCGACAUGAAUAUUAUGAUUAACGUAAGCCAGGGUUGUAGAACUGAGAUGUUAGGUACCAUACCAUGGGAGUAUGAAAAUUGAAGAAGAUGAAUGGAGUAACCGGCACUAUUUUCAGUAGUCGAGCCUGGAGAGCCUUCUCAUCGGGUAACGUCCAUUUACCCAUCCCUCACUUUCCCUUCUUUAACUUCUCCUGUAGUUUUCAUGAUGUUCCUGCUGUGCCGAAAAUUCAAGAUUCGUACUCUCAACUCAGUAAAUCUAAGUUUGCGAGUAUUAUUAAACUGGACGAUGCAAUUGCUUUGUACCGUCACAUGGUUACAAUGAGACCUCGUCCUCCCACCCUGAAAUUCAACCACCUCUUGAAUGCUGUUGUCAAGAUGGGUUGUUACCACGAGGCUGUCUCUCUAUUUCGAGAUAUUUUUGUUUCCGACCUUCUGAUAGAUAAGUUCACACUGAGCAUUGCUGCCAAUUCCCUUGCCCGUUUGCACAAAGUAGAUUUUGCAUUUGCUGUUUUAGGAAUCCAUUUCAAGCUGGGUCUAGUACCUGAUGUGAUUUUGUUCAGCACCUUACUGAGAGGACUUUUUCUGCAACAAAGGGUUCAAGAUGCUGUUUGGUUGUUCCAGAAGGUCAUGAAUGAGAAAGUAUGUGAGGUAAAUGAAUUCACAUUAUCCAUACUCAUUGAUGGCCUCUGCAAGGUAGGACACACUGGUAAAGCUGUUAAGCUGCUUCACUUAUUUGAAGAGAAGGGAAAUUGCAAGCCAAAUGUAUUUGCAUAUAACACCAUCAUUGACUCAUUGUGCAAGGAUAAAAUGGUGGACAAUGCUCUUGGCCUGUUACAGAAGAUGAUGGGAAAGGGAAUUCCUCCAGAUGUUGUGACAUAUAAUUCACUUAUUGAUGGGCUCUGCAAACUCAGUCAGUGGGAAGAGGUCAAAGAGAUGCUAAACAGAAUGAUGGAUUGCAAAGUUUCUCUAGAUGUCCAGACAUACAACAUUCUAGUUGCAGGAUUUUGCAGGGAAGGAUGGGUCAGCAGUGCUGCAAAACUCAUAGAUAAGAUGAUUCAAGUAGGUGUCACUCCAAACACAGUCACAUACAAUGGUCUGAUGGAUAGAUACUGCUCACAGGGAAACACUAAUAGUGCAUUCAGACUCUUAAAGACCAUGAUAGAUAUGGGAAGUGAACCUGAUAUAUGGACUUUUAACAUUUUGAUAAAUAGAUGUUACAAGAGCGGGUGUUCAUAUGAGGCAGUACAAUUAUUUGGAAAAUUACAAAGUCAAGGUUUAAAGCCCACAGUUGUUACCUACAACAAUAUGUUGGCAUGUUUGUUUCAGGAUGGGAAAUGUGAGGAGGCUGAGAAGCUUUUUAAGGAGAUGGUGGGAAGUCGAGCACAUCCAAAUCUCUUCACCUACAAUAUUCUUCUAGAUGGAUUCUGCAAGAAUCAUCAUGUUCAUCAAGCACUUUCUUUACUUAGGAUGAUGGAAGCUGGGAGUCCUGUCCCCCCCGAUUUAAUAAGCUACAAUAUUGUUAUAAAUGGACUAUGGAAUGAUGGGAAGGCAUGGAGUGCAAAGGAACUAUUUAAUACCCUUCCCUUUAAAGGACUUCUGCCAGAUAAGUUUACUUACAGUAGUAUGAUCAUUGGACUUUGCCGAGAAGGCUUGCUAGACGAUGCUAGAGAUAUGCUCAAGAAAAUGGAGAAAAAUGGUUAUAUGGCUAAUAGUGUGGUAUACAAUGUAUUCAUUCAGGGGUUACUUAAAAAGAAUGAGUAUAGUGAAGUUGUAUUGAUUUUGGAAGAGAUGUCAAGACUUGGACUCUCACCUGACAAUAGCACCUGUGAGAUUGUACUUAAGACCAUCUUGCAAAAAGGAUCGGAUUCCGCUCUACUUCAUAUGCUCCUGAAUAUAAAGGGAAACUGUGAAAGUAAUAGUUCUCAAAAUUAGUUAUUCUAAUUUAGCUUACUGUUUGCUAAAACUAGUAGUGUUUGACAAAAUUUAUCAACAAAUAGGCACAUUUUUGGUGGGAUGUAGUUACUGCUAUUGGAUUGAAAUGUAUGUGAGUGAUAGGGAUCGACCUAUUAGAGUAUUA